CCUCGCGGAGGUAAAGCAGAGAUCAGAGGAGGACAUGAGGAGGGAAGGAUCGGAAUCUGACCACAGCAUCAUCAGACCGGAGGCUCCACCAGCUCUAGGAUCGUUAUUUGGAUGAGCUCGUGCCCUUUUUUCCUAUCAGUAAUCCUUAAUUUCCCUGCGUCCUGUCGGCACGAGCGCUCAUUUUGACUUGAUAUUAUUCCGACAACCUCCACCUGCUCACCCAGCCCUCUCCGGUCCUCUUCAGCGGCUCUGUGGAGAAAUCCUCUGCGGGUGUUUGGAUGUGUCGGCCGGCUGCAGUGCUCGCGGUGCUCGCCGCCUGCAGCGUCGCGUGCUCGGCUGCGAAGAUCCAGCAGCUCAAUUAUCGACCCAUCAUCGGUGUGUUGGCUCAGGAGAACCUUCCAGGAGACGAGUCAGCUACCGGCCCCUCCUACAUCGCUGCCUCUUAUGUGAAAUACUUGGAGGGAGCGGGGGCCCGGGUCAUACCCAUCAGGAUCAAUCGAACAGAAGAAGAAUACACAAAGGUCUUCUUCUCCAUUAACGGGUUGUUGCUGCCGGGUGGAGAUGUAGACAUCCAGACGUCACAGUUCAGCCGGGCCGCCAAGAUCUUUUAUAACCUCGCUCUGAGGGCCAACGAUGCUGGUGACUUCUUCCCGAUCUGGGGUACCUGUCAGGGCUUCCAGCAGCUGACCGUCCUCACGUCCAACAAGAACCUACUGACACUCACUGAUACCAAGUCUGUGGCGCUGCCGCUCACUUUCACUGCAGCGGCCAACUCCAGCCGUCUCUUCCAGAGUUUUCCUAAAGAUCUGAUGCAGGCUCUGUCCGAGGAAAACAUCACAGCCAACUUCCACAGCUGGAGUCUGUCCAUACAGAACUACAGCAGAAACUACAAACUGAAAAAGUUCUACCGGGUUCUGUCCACGAACAAUGACGGGAAGAAAGAGUUCAUCUCUACCAUGGAAGCCAAACAUUACCCGUUUUACGCCGUGCAGUGGCAUCCAGAGAAAACUCAGUUCGAGUGGAUCGAUAAGCCGGGGAUGGUUCACACCACCAACGCUGUGAGAGCCAGCUUCUACACCGCCAGCUUCUUCGUCUCUGAAGCGAUGAAGAGCCAGCACCGUUUCCCGAACCUUGUGGAGGAGGAGCGAGCUCUCAUCUACAACUUCUCUCCGGUCUUCAGAGGGAUCCACGCUGUGUUUGUGCAGAACUAUUACUUCGAUUGACAAACUGCCAGGAGGAUCUGAACAGAACUGGACCAGUUGAUGGUUUUGUCUUUUGCAGAAGUCUCAAACAUGAAGGUCAAAAUCUGCAGUUUAGCUGAUUGUUGUAUGAAAUAUGGGCAGGAGAAUAAAACAAAUACUAAAAUAGAUCACAAACAUACCAUUAAAUGAUACAAAUGCACAAAGAUUUAUAUUGCAUUUUUAGAGAGGUGAAGCCUGUGAUUGAACUUAAACAACAGACAUAUAUUCAUCUUUGUUCAGCCAUCAUAGCAGCUAACUGAAGGUCACACUGCUGUUUCAGUAUAAAAUAAUCAUAACUCAGUCUUUCUUCAGAUUCUCUGUCCUCUGUAUCUGCAGCAU